UGGGUGUCAAGACUGCUAGCUCAUCCGCUCGGGGUGGGGGAAUUAUCAACUUUGGCACUUCAACUCAACUCUUUCAGAGUUGAAAAUGUAAAUCCGUCCAAAUCUUAAAUGCAACAGUUGUAAGGCGUAACUGAAUGAAGAAUUUGGUCAGAUAUGCCUGCGUAUGGGUAUUUCGGCUAGGGGGAAAAAAAACGUCGGUGUAAAUUUAAAGCCGUCUCGAAAUGUAUGUUGAUUUUAUUUAGAGAAUCCGCUGUGUUUGGGUGGUGAGCUUGCUCCACGUGUUUCGUUCUGCUGGUGUUUUUAUGCUUCCUCCUAAACUCUUAACCUGGAAUAUCAUCCAAGUAUCUCAGGGUCGGAAUGCUCAUGUAAAGUGGGGGAUCAAAUUCAAGAUUGAGAAACUAUACUUAUUGCAUUUUUGCUGCAUUCUGAUCUAAGUCGUCCAUCUAUAAUCAAACAUGGCAAGUAUUAUCCCACGAAAAGGUUUCAGAGCAAAGAAAACCCUUAGAGUAAGUGACCGCGAACAGUGGGAAGCAUUACUCCGAGGGAGACAUCACAUUAAGAAUGGACAGCCCAACAAAGAAUGUGAUCAUCAGGAAAAGUAUUUGCAGUGUGUGGAUACAGGAAAUAUAGAUGGUGGUAAACAUAAUGACCUCAUCAUUUCAAAACAUAAAAAUAAUGAGCUUCCAGAGUCGGAGGUAAAUCAGAGAGCUAGUUUUAGUGACAAAAAUGAGGUCAUGAAGACCAAGUUCAAAAUAUCGCCUGCUGUUGACAUAACAGAAAACCAAGUUGAGAAUCGAAGCUUAAUAAGUCCAAAAAAUGUUCAAACUAGUGGUCACCUUGAAACUAAAACAUAUCCUCAGAAGAAACAUCAUAAUAGUAGCUUGCUGAAAAAGAAUAUAAACUCAUCUUCAGAAACUGCUGAUCAAAACAAAACUCCUCAUGGUAGUACUCUACAUAUAUCUUCCUUUGUAUUAAAAGAGGACUUCAAUAGAGCUUCUAAGACCAAAUCUACCAAGGUUUCCAAGAUGCUGAAUCAGAAAAAUUAUGUAAAAUCCAUUCAUUCAGAUAAAAACAGGAAUGUCAAAGCAGCCUUUCACAUUGUUGAUGCUGAAGAUCUUAUUUCUUCAAACUCUAACAAUACAACUGGCAAGCUAAAGAAAUUAAAGCAUUCGCUUGUUCCUGUCUUAGAAAAAUUGCCCACUGCAACACAAUGGAACAUGAUGAAUAAUGUACUGUUGUCAGAAUUACGUGUUACUGAAAAUAUAAAUAACAAAAUUAAAAUAAGUGAACAUACUGAAAGUCAAAGUUCCAGUGUUUCAAAAUGCCAUUAUGAAGAGAAAUCAAAUGAAUCUAAAAUUCUUACUGAUGAUCAAGAUGAUAUUGAAUGUACUCCAAUUAUCCUAAGGGAGAUUCUGAAAAGCCCUGAUCGAGCUGAAAGGAAGAGGUUCCAUUCAAGAAGAGAAGGAAAAAAUAAGCACAAGAAAAUCAAGAUUUCACAUGAUGCGAAAAGUGUCCAUUUCAACUUAAGUUGUGAAAAAAGUACACAAACUGCCAAGAAGAUAACCUGGGAGGAGAUUCAGAAAAUCCUUCACCAUAAAAUGAACACUGAGCUCGGUAGUGAUACUUUGGGCAAGAAACUUGAAGAGUUAACAAGACGAGUUGAAAACAUUGACUGCACGCAAAAACAUGAAGAACUGGCUAAAAGUAUUCAAUCUAGAAUAAAACAUUUGGAAAAGAAAGUGAGAACUAUUUUACAGGCAGUAAAUAGCGCAAGGCUCGGGAGGAACCCAGAAGAGCCUGAAACGAUUGCUUUAUCACAUGAUCCAAUUUCUGGAGCAGAUCUGAAAAAUGCAGAGCCUGUGGCAAAUGCAAACUAUGUGGAUUCAUGUACAGUCCUCGGAGCUCCAUCAGACCAGAAAUCACAGCCUUUGCCUUAUAGGAAAACUUCUGAUUCUAUUAAUUAUGAACUGAACUUGCAGAAGACUGAAAGAACUUCAAAUUCUGUGCCUGCAGAUGCAAAGAAUACAAGGAAUAUUCCAUUGCCAAAGUAUUUGGAUACUGUAAUGCCGGCAAAUACACACUGCUGUGGCGUAGCUUCAAAAACAACAGAAGGGAACACAGAGUCCCCAGACACUCUGGUUUGGCAACCUAAUAGGAAAGAAGAACUAGGUAAUACAAGACAGGCAAGUAAUGCGACAAGUAGUCAAAUAAUAAUUGAUCUUACAGAAAGUAAUGAACAAUCAUAGUCAGAAAAAAGCUCCUACUAUAAUUUCAACAGGAGAUCUACUUCCUAAACUCAAUACCUCAAGCCAUCCCAGGAGCCUGCAGUAUAUCCAUCGCAUGUGAAAAGUGGAAUUGCAAUCUCCUGGAAUGCUGCAGAUGUUCAGCAGACUUGUUCCUGUAUAUACAGUUUUGUGAUACUGUGCAUACCAUGAUGAUCCUAGUCUGAAGUGCCUAUCACAAUGGAAAAUAUUUGGAGAGGCAAAAGCUCUCCUUCCACUUGCACUUUGUUUCUGUUUGUACUUGAAAUUUAAUAUUUUACUAAUUCAAGCGGAAGAUGUCCAUUGUUAUUUUGUCUUUUUCUGUGAAUCACAAGCUUUUUGCUUAUUGGAACCUAAAGAUUACGCUGAAGAAAUCCAUAUCAAUCAUUUGUUAUCGCAUUGCUUAUGCAAAAAUACUAAAAACAAAAACAACUUUAGUUUAUUGUGAACCGCUCUUUAAGGAUUAAUUACUGAGGAAAUUUUGGUCUUGUUCUGCCUAAGUUUGUUAAAAACAAAUGUGUUUAAGCAUUUGUCAAUGUGGUGUUCAUUUUUGAACAGAAGUAAAUAUGUGUUCAUAUGUAAACAUUUAACUUGUCCCACUAAAUAUGUCAUGCUGUUGUUAGCAAGUUUUUAGUUAGCAAUUAGUUGUUAGUUUCAAAUAUAGAAGAAAAAAUGUCCAACCAAAUUUUCAA